AUGAGUCUGCUGUCUUCUUCCAUCGGCAACGUUCGCUGCCUCGCGGACGAGGAGGCCGACCACAAUAUGCUUCAGGAGAUCCGCAGUCUAAUCAAUAUCUUCAUUUACGAAUAUUUCGCGCGAUAUCUAACCAUCAAUCGGAAGGACGACGGCGAGUGUGGGUUGAAAAGGCAAAUCUUCCUGCAUGAAAAAACUAACCUAGGCAAAUCUGCGUUCUUGACGUUUCCAGGACCGAACGGUUGUCCGAGGCGCAGGGGCCGGCAGACGUACACGCGGUUCCAGACGCUCGAGCUGGAGAAGGAGUUCCACUUCAACCCAUACCUUACGCGACGGCGGCGAAUAGAGGUCGCGCACGCCCUUUGCCUCACCGAACGUCAGAUCAAGAUCUGGUUCCAGAAUCGGCGGAUGAAGCGGAAGAAGGAGCUGAGGGCGGUGAAAGAGAUCAACGAGCAGGCCAGGCGGGAGCGCGAGGAGCAGGAUAUCAUGCAAAAGCAGCAGGCCGAGAAGCAGGCGAAGUUGCAGCAGGAGCAGCAGAACGCCGCGCUGCAGCAUCAGCAGCAGCAUCACGUGAGCGGCCUCGACAAGACGCAGAGCGAUCUUCUGAAGGCGGUCAGUAAGGUGCCCACAUAGGAGACUUUGCUGAGCCGGUUGUCUUUCUUUUAAAGAAGAAACAAGAGACUGGACGCAGCUUUUAGACGCAGACAUCGAAGCGAAGUAGCUGGUAAAAGGUCGGCCAAAAUGUGUGUGUAGAGGACCUUUAAAAAAAAAAAAAAAAAAAGAAAAACGAGAAAAA